CCUUCCGGGAGCCCAGUUGCAGGCUUGGCUUUGCGGAAGAGCUGCCGCCGUUUCUUUUCCGCUUGCUGUGCUGCUGCAGGGAGCUGUGAAGGGGCUAUGGGUGAGCUGGGAAGCCACGACAUGUAAAUUGACUUUUGAAAGUAAACCCUGAGAGCAUAAAGACUGUCCUCAUUCAACAAUGACUCAGUGUUUAAAAGUCUUGAAGACUUAUUUGACUGAUUUAACUUUCAAAGCCACUUGUCAGGAUACAGUAACCUACAGUGAUGUGCAUAUUGACUUCAGUCUGGAAGAGUGGGCUCUGCUGGAUCCUUCCCAGAAGAAUCUCUACAAAGAUGUGAUGCUGGAGACCUAUAUGAACCUCACUGCUAUAGGCUGCAAAUGGGAAGAUCAUAAUAUUGAAGAGUAUUGUCAAAGUUCUCGAAGAUAUGGAAGGCAUAAAAGAAGUCAUUCAGAACAACCUUCUGAAUAUACUCAGUGGGUUAAAGCCUUUCCAUAUCACAGUUAUCUUCAAAGACAUGAAAGAAUUCAUAGUGGUCAGAAGCUCUAUGAAGGUGUUCAAUAUGGUGAUGCCUUUGAAUGUCAUAAUAGUUUCCAAAUACAUAAAGGAAACCAUAGUACAGCAAAAUGCCAUGAAUGUGAUCAGUGUGGUAAAGCCUUUUCACGAUACAGUCGUCUUCAAAUACAUAAAAGAACACAUACUGGAGAGAAACCUUAUGAAUGUAUUCAAUGUGGAAAAGCCUUUUCACAACACAGUAAUCUUCAAAUACAUAAAAGAACACAUACUGGCGAGAAACCUUUUGAAUGUUCUCAAUGCGGUAAAGCCUUUUCACAACACAGUACUCUUCAAAUGCAUAAAAGAACACAUACUGGAGAGAAACCCUAUGAAUGUACUCAUUGUGGAAAAGCCUUUGCACGUCUUAGUAUUCUUCAAAUGCAUAAAAGAACACAUACUGGAGAAAAACCUUUUGACUGUAAUCAAUGUGGCAAAGUAUUUGCAGUACAAAGAAGUCUCCACAUGCAUAAACGAACACAUACUGGAGAGAAACCCUAUGAAUGUACUCAAUGUGGAAAAGCCUUUGCAGAACACAGUUAUCUUCAAAGACAUAAAAGAACACAUACUGGAGAGAAACCCUAUGAAUGUAAUCAAUGUGGAAAAGUCUUUGUAUAUCAAACUAGUCUCCGAAUGCAUAAACGAACACAUACUGGAGAGAAACCCUAUGAAUGUAAUCAAUGUGGAAAAGCUUUUUCCCAACACAGAUAUCUUCAAAUGCAUAAAAUAACACAUACUGGAGAAAAAUCUUAUUUAUGCACUCAAUGUGGAAAAGCCUUUGUACAUCAAAAUUCUCUUCAGAGGCAUGAAAAAACACAUACUGGAGUGAAACCCUAUGAAUGUAAUCAAUGUGGUAAAGCCUUUGUUUGUCAAAGUAAUUUUAGACUACAUAAAAGAGCACAUACUGGAGAGAAACCCUGUGAAUGUUCUCAAUGUGGUAAAGCUUUUGUAUGCCAAAGUCGUCUUCAAAAACAUAGAAGAACACAUACUGGAGAGAAACCCUAUGUAUGUAUUCGAUGUGGAAAAGCCUUUGCACAACAUGGUCAUCUUCAAAGGCAUGAAAGAAUACAUACUGAAGAGAAACUCUAUGAAUGUAAUUAUUGUGGAAAAGUUUUUUCGCAUCCCAGUGUUCUACAUAGGCAUAACAGAAUACAUACUGGAGGGAAGCCCUAUAAUUGUACUCAAUGUGGAAAAGCCUUUGCACAUCCUAGUGUUCUACAAAGACAUAAAAGAACUCAUACUGGAGAGAAACCCUAUAAAUGUGUUCAGUGUGGAAAAGCCUUUACAGAACAUAGUUAUCUUCAAAGGCAUAAAACAACACAUACUGGAGAGAAACCCUAUAAAUGUACUCAUUGUUCAAAAGGCUUUGCACGACACUGUUAUCUUCAAAGGCAUGAAAGAACACAUAAUGGAGAGAAACCCUAUGAAUGUAAUCAAUGUGGCAUAGCCUUUGUAUCUCAAAGCAGUUUCCGAAUACAUAAAAGGGCACAUACUGGAGAGAAACUCUUUGAGUGCCCUCAAUUUGGAAAUGCCUUUGUACACUGAAUUGUCUUCGUAGGUAUGAAUGAUCACAUACUAUAGAGAAACCCUAUGAAUGUACUCAAUGUGGGAAGACUUUUGUAUGUCAAAUCAGUCUCUGAGUACUCAAAGAACAUAUUCUGGAGAAAAAAUGUACACAUAUAAUGUGAUAAAGCUGUUACAUAUAUCAGUUAUCUUCAAAAUCAUAAAAGAUCAUACUACAAAGAAACCCUUUAAAUGUAGUCAGUGUAGUAAAGUUUUGCAAGUCAUGGUAGUGGUACAAGAAUAAAAUUUGUGUAAUUGGUCUGUUAAAGUCUUUGAACAUAUUAUACUUUGA